CGCUGCACGAAGAAGAAACUUCGAGGAAAGAUGCACGAAGAGGAGGAUGGCAGUGACACAAACUCCUGCACAGCGUCCCGGAUUGUGGCCUCCAGGUCGGUGGACGUGGCCGACACCGAGGGCGCGAAGGAGCAGACAUCCAAGCUGUGCGGCUACUUGAACAAACUGUCCGGCAAAGGGCCUUUGAGGGGGUACAAGACACGGUGGUUCGUGUAUGACCCGAGAAAAUGUUAUUUGUAUUACUUCAAGACUCCCCAAGAUGCCUUGCCACUGGGUCACAUCGAAAUAGGCGAUGCGUGCUUCAGCUACGAUGUGGAAGGAGAAGAGGGUCAGUUUGAGAUCCGCACUGCCGGGAAAGAGUUCCUCCUGAAGUCUCCCAGCAGGCAGGUGAUGCAUUACUGGCUCCAGCAGUUGCAGCAGAAACGAUGGGAAUACAGCAACACACGAGGCUCCGGACAGAGAGACAGCUGGAGCUCCCCGACCCUGGCUUACCCUCAUGCUGGCCUCGUAGGCAAAGACAAUGAUUCCUUUGUCUUUGAAAAGCUCAGUGAUAGCAUGGAGAAGGUACGCAGCGACUUUGCCAUGGAGACAGAGACAGAUGGUGGAGGAAUGGUGGGGAUCCAGUCAGCCAGAGGGCCUUCUGCUGCGUCCACAAACCCUCUCAACUUCUCCCUCAAAAACAUUGGUACAGAACUCCGGAACUCCAUGUCUUAUCUACGGCAAGGCCGCGGAGCUGAGGGCAGGCGCAGUGUGUUUUACACCGGCAACAGCAGUGCAGAGGAGUGGGAGCUGGUGGAUGCCCCGCCCAAGGACUUCCCCGAACAGAAACAUCAUCCAGACACGCACAGAAAUUCCUUUGGAUCAUCAUUUACUUUUGACUUUGUGCGCAAUCCAUCGCGGCCUAAAAAGCCUUUGCUUCGAGACAUGAUCGGCACUGGGAGGUUUGGGCGCAGCGCUGAGACACGCAACACCGAGAGCUCGCCAGUCGAGUGCAAUGGCAGCAAACCUCUGGAGAUGCAGCUUCGCCUCCAGACCCAGCAGGAAGAACUGAACCGCAUGCAGCAGGAACAGACCAAACUCAGAGAGGAGCUAGCCAGUCAGAAGGAGCUGGUGAGACUUCUGCAGCAGACUUUAAGAACCUCCCAGUGUGACAGGCAGCCGGUGCGGCGUCCAGCUCCAGAUUCAUCUGCAGACUCAGACCAGACCCAGGCUCCAGUAGUAACCCAAGAAGAGGUCACUCAGUUGGAAGCACAUCUGCUUGACAAAGAUGAACAAAUCCAGUCCCUCUGUGGCCACAUGGAGCGUCUCGCCUUGGAGAAGGAGAGCUUGCAACAAGAGCUAAAGGGGCUGAAAAUAAAGGUGGGGGAAAUUAACGACCAGCUGGGCAUGUUGAUGGAGACCAUCCAGGCCAAAGAUGAAGUCAUCAUAAAGCUUUCACAGCAGGACCCCAAUCAAAGCAGCAACCCAAAUGACUCUGGUUCACCACCUGCCAUCAAAGAGCAGCAGGAACUGGACAUCCUCAAGGACAGUCUUCAAGGUUACAAAUCUCAAAACAGAUUCCUGAACAAAGAGAUCCUGGAGCUGACAGUGUUACGCAGAAAUGCAGAGAGUAGAGAAAAGGCUUUGGAAGCAAAGUAUACGGCCCUGGAGGCCAAGUUGUGUCAAGUGGAGAGCAAGUAUCUGGUCCUCCUUCAAGAGGUGAAGAACCCAGUGUGUUCCUCCUCAGUGCAGAGCCCUGCCAGUGAACUCAUUUCCAGAUUAUUGGAGGAUGCACUGCAGGCAGAGAGCCCUGAACAGCAAGAACACCUUAUCUUCAAACCAAACACUGUCAGUGAGUAUGACGUGUUUGGCUUCAAGACUGUUCCUGAGGAGGAGGAAGAGGAAGAGAAGCUUAUUGCCAAGGUGAGAGCCUUGGAGCUGAAGUCUCUAUCCAUGACGGAUCAGGAGGUGUCUGUCGGAGUGAAGUGGGAGAACUUUCUGGCCAGCACCAUGAACAGAGACCUGGUGCGCUCCCCUGAACUCAAAACCCUGCUUCGCUGCGGUGUUCCCCACGAGCAUCGCUCCCAGGUGUGGCGCUGGUGUGUCUCCAUCCAUGUCAAGAAGUUCCGGGACAACUUGCCGCCCGAUUAUUAUGAGACCUUACUAAACGUGGCCCGGGAGAAGCCCAACCCGGCCUCGAAGCAGAUUGAGCUGGACUUGCUGCGUACUUUGCCCAACAACAAGCACUACGCCUCCCCCAGUGCAGAUGGCAUCCAGAAACUCAGGAACGUCCUCAUGGCUUUCUCCUGGAGGAAUCCAGACAUCGGCUACUGCCAGGGACUCAACAGGCUGGUAGCGAUUGCCUUGCUUUACCUAGAUCAAGAGGACGCAUUUUGGAGCCUCAUUGCCAUUGUGGAGGUCUUCAUGCCAAGAGACUAUUACACCAAGACACUGCUUGGCUCUCAGGUUGAUCAGCGCGUGUUCAAGGACCUGAUGAGCGAGAAGCUACCACGGCUCCAUGCCCACUUUGAGCAGUACAAGGUAGACUUCUCCCUCAUCACCUUCAACUGGUUCCUGGUGGUGUUUGUGGACAGCGUGGUGAGCGACAUCCUCUUUAAGAUCUGGGAUUCCUUUCUGUACGAAGGUCCGAAGAUCAUAUUUCGCUUCGCUCUGGCUCUCUUCAAGUACAAAGAAGAGGAGUUUUUGAAGCUGCAGGACUCCACAGCCAUCUUCAAGUAUCUUCGCUGCUUCACACGCACAAUCCUGGAUUCAAGGAAGCUGAUGAACAUGGCUUUUGUGGACAUGAACCCCUUCCCCAUGAGGCAAAUCCAGAACCGCCGCUCCUUCCACCUGGAGAAAGUCCGUCUUGAGCUGACUGAGCUGGAGGCAAUCAGACAGACCUUCCUCAGGGAGAGGGAGACAUCUCAGGAUGGACGGACCUUCGUCAGUGAUGAUGAGGAGGACAACUGAGCUUAAGCUUGUCACAUUUUCAGGUGUAUGAAGUAUGAAAACAAAGUAAGGUCGACUCUGCAGACCAGGGAUGCAUCGCAGUUGUUAAAGGGAGUUCUUUGUAAAGAAUCGUUGGAGUUGGUCUCCGUGUCCGAGCUGGACCACUCAACUUUCUACACAUUCUGAGCUAAAUCGCAUCAAAGGACGAAAUAUGACCGGCCAAAUGGGCUUCCUAUCAGUAUUCCUGCCUUUUAUUAUUUGUAAAUGCCUUAUUUGCUGUAUGCUUGUUUUAUGUGAUGGCCAACAGUACGCUCGCCCAUAGGCUCUUCAACCUCCAAUAGCAAGUUUAACACUUGCAGUCCGAAUCAGUAUUUUUUUAAAACAUGGCUGUGAUCUUUUGAGGAUUGGCAACUUUAUGCCUGUUGAAGGAUUGAUUGUAUUUUUUUUUUUUUACACUCGUCUCCAUUAGGAUGCAGAGUUUUCACUUUCCUUGCCCCAAGCUGUGGCUUCAUUUACGUCUUAAAAGAAAAUAUUUUACUUAAAAAAAAAUAUUUUCUGCAUUUGCCAAUCAACAACACAUCUCUUGUGUUUGAUCCCUGUGUCUGUGGAUGCACUUGAAUCACUUAUGCUGAAAUUAGAAUUUUGAUUAAACUUUUAGUUUUCUGAGAAUUUGAGCAUUUUGGUAAUUUUAAAAUGUACAUAUUAUUCCAGUUUGUCUGUGAUUAAAACCAAUAGACACAAAGAUUUACCAUUAAAGGUAGAAUCAAAACAAAAAAUCAUUAAUUAUCACUGUCAUGGAAAGCAACUUGGACAUUUUUAACAAAGACUAUGCUAUUUUUUUAUUUUAGCCAUCAACUAAUAACAUUGGUCAGUUCAGUUGGCUUUAUUUGCCCAUAUUUGGCAGACAGUAUCACCAUUUAUAAUGUCAUAUUGCAUUAUACCGAAGUGCCACUGAAGUUUUAUUCCAAGAGCGUGUUUGUAAAGGUCAAACUUUUUUGCACCUAUUUGUACUUAAAUUCAUACAGAAGUCUAUAACCACCAUUUUUUUAUUUUGAUCCUUAUUGGCAUCAAAACACCAUAUCAAUGUAUCCGAUGAUCAGAUUAUUUCAAUGUUCAUGUUUUUUAUUAACCUGCCGUAAAAAAACAAAAAGCCCCUGCCCGAGAGUACUGCUUUUACAUGUUAAUGUUUGUUUCCUUUUUAAAUGUUCUUGUUUUCCUGAAAUGUGGGUUUUGUUAAGUGUUUAGGAUUCAGUUCCCCCUGCCUUCAACCUGCUCUGCAAGAUAUUCUGUAUUUGUACAGUAUAAUGCUGGGACUGUUUAUCUCAGCCCUGUAUGAAAAUGCUGAUGUAUUUGCAUUCACUGUCCUCAGAGUGGCAGCAUAACAUUUGUCUCCCCAGUGUUACACUAGUUCAUCGGUACCCUCCACACAGUCUGAAUAUAAAGUUUACUAUGCAGUGUUUCAGUGGAAUGGACAAUAGAAUUGUGAUUUAUAACCAAUGACGGGAACAUUUCAGGAGAUUGUUACACCUUUCUGUCACAUCACAGGUACUUACAGAUGACAGUAGCAUUACCACCAUAUUUUAGCUUACAUGUGUUAAAUAAUUCAUAAUAUUAACAAACCAAUGUGUUAAAGUUGCUCUUAAAGAAAUCAUUGUUAAAUUUGGUUAAUAUGUUAAAACUGUGUUGUUUCAAUGGGAAUCUACAAGAAGGAACAAGCAAGUUUUUCUGACUUAGCCCCUUCUCUUAUGUGCUGGUAUAUUGUAUACAUUUCUUUUAUGUUUAUUUUACUUUAAGCUGUUUACGGCUAUUUAGUUGCUGUUAUAGUAGUUACAAAAAUUAUCAUAUUUUCUCUGUUGCAAUAUUGUCCGCCAAAGCAUUUUGCAGAUUUUUUUUUUUUGAACGUCUGAACAAAUGGCAGAAUUGUAUUUGUUUUGAUGACACAAAUGUAUAUGGAGAGAGAAAAAAAGACCAUUUCAUAGAGGUUGAAAUCAAAUGUAUUUUUCCUUUCGAGAGCAGGUCUCUCUAAAGAUCAAAAUGUUCAAUCUUGACCAUGUCACACAUAAAAAGUUAUGUUUGCUUAUGUCCAUUCAGUUUGUCAGACGGCUCACACUGUAGAAGGUUUUUAAUUUUUUCUCUUAUUUCAAUACACAACUCGUGUUCCAAGGAAAGUCUGCAUGCAUUUUUAAUAAUUUGUCAGUUUCCUUUUCACAUUGAAUAAGCUACAUUUAAACAUAUCACCUUUUUCCUUUUUUUUGUUGCUUUUUCCAGCAGUGUAUUGCACAAGUGUAGUGACAAGACGAUUUCAGAGCAUUAUAGGGCACUUCACUCUUUUUAUGUAAAUCUGUUUGGUAUCUUGUUAAUCAUUGGACAACAGAAAUUGCAAAACAUAUGUGUUACAGAAUCAAGUGUAAGCCACUGUAUGUUUUUGUAAUGGGCUGCCAGUUAAAAGAGAAAUUCAAUAAACCAUGGCUGACCGA